AUGGCAGAUGACAAGGCUAUCGAGCCAGCUCCCGUUGGAGCUGAUGAACCAAGAUCUUCUGACAACUCGAUCAAAAGUCCUCCUGAUGAUGUAACUGAUAUCCCAAAGCAUGACCAUCAUGCUCACAAGGAUGGAGCAGAUGCUGCUCUGGACUUAUUGAACGAAACCGGUGGAGUUAGUCAACCAUUCGAUGCCAAAGCUAACAAGCGACUCAUCCGCCGCAUCGAUACUCAUAUCAUGCCUUUGAUUUGCACAGUCUAUUUCCUUCAGUACAUCGACAAGACUGCAGUCUCUUACGCAAGCGUCACUGGCAUCCAACAAUCCACUGGUCUCAAGGGAAAUGAGUUCAACUGGGUCGCUUCGAUUUUCUUCUUCGGUCAACUCGGCUUCCAGUUCCCUACUGUUCGGCUGCUCCAAGUGUUCCCUCUAGCGAAGUACGUCUCGGUCAACGUCACACUCUGGGGUGUGACGCUCGCUUGUAUGGCUGCGUGCCAUAACUUCAGCGGCCUUCUCGCUUGUCGAUUCUUCCUUGGUGCCCUCGAAGCCGCCAUCGUUCCAGCUUGGGUUCUUUUCACAUCUCAAUGGUACACGAAAGAAGAACAAGCUUUUCGAGUUGGUAUUUGGUUUUCAGUCUGUGGUGCCGCUCAGAUGUUUGGCGGAUACUUCGCUUACGGUGUUGCAACGCACGUUGGAAAAGACCCAAAUGCUGCUUUGCGAGGAUGGCAGGUCAUCUUCCUGGUUCUUGGACUUCUCACUGUCGUGGUUGGGAUUAGUUUCUGGUUCAUCAUGCCAGACUCUCCCGCCGUGGCUGGGUUUCUGGACAAGGAGAAGAAAGCCAUGCAUCUUGAGCGUAUUCGAGGAAAUGUGCAGGGGAUCGGAACUCAGACUUUUAAAUGGGCCCAUGUUAAGGAGGCUUUGACUGAUAGCAUGACUUGGCUAUAUGCCUUUUGGGUCUUUGCUGCUAACAUUCCCAACUCUAUUGCUACAAGUUUCGGAAAUAUUCUUGUUAAGGGUAUGGGAUACACCAACGAAGAGUCUUUGUUGCUGGUCACUCCCCUCGGAGCUUGGGAGAUUGUCUUCCUGAUUGGCCUGACUUACGGAGCCAUGAAGACAAGACAGCGGCUGUUCUUUUGCAUUGCUGGUCAUAUUCCUGCUAUCAUCGGAGCCAUCUUAAUGGCAACCACGGAAAAGGUUCCCGCUCUCGUUGGAUACUACACAACUGGAGGCAUCCCCAUUGGUUGGACCACCAUUCUUGGACUACAAAGCUCCAAUGUCGCUGGCUCUACCAAGAAAAUCACCGUCUCAUGUAUCGGAACUAUCGCUUACACAGUUGGAAAUAUCAUCUCACCUCACACCUUUCAAGCCCGCGAUGGACCACGAUAUCUCCCCGCAAAGAUUUCUAUCUGCAUCAUCUACUUCCUUUGUACGGUUGACUUGCUGGUUAUGAGAUGGGUCUUUGAUCGAAGGAAUAAGAAGAGGGAUGCCGAGAAGGCUGCACUAGGUGAUCAGUACAAGGUGGAAGAAAACCAUGAGUUUCUGGACUUGACGGACUUGGAGAAUAAGGAGUUCCGUUAUGAGCUGUAG